AUGAUCUCUGCUCAGCAGUUGAAAUCGCAGCUGGGAAUCUCUGGUGCCGUGCUCGGCCCCGGCGACGACGGGUAUGAGGAAAGCCUACGGGGAUGGUCUGAUCUGAUCUAUCGACGAGCAGCUGUUGUUGUCUGUCCCAGGAACGGCGAGGACAUAGCAAGCACCGUGAACUAUGCCCGGCAGCAUUCUAUAGACAUCGCGGUUCGGGGCGGCGCCCACUCAACGAGCGCGACUUCCUCGACAGAGGGAGGAAUCCUACUUGACCUGGGCAGGGAGAUGACAAGAGUGAUCGUUGAACCCGAUGCCCAAAUCGUUACCGUCCAGGGCGGUGCAACAUGGCGCCAUGUGGCCCAGGAAGUCGGCAAGUACCCGCUCGCUGUCAACCUGGGCACCGUGGGCCAGGUCGGCGUUGGCGGGCUGAGUCUGCAGGGUGGAUAUGGCUAUUACACUCCACAGCACGGGGUUGUGCUCGACACGAUUCUCGCGGCGAAAGUCGUCACUGGCGCCGGCGAGAUGCUAACCGCGUCCCCGGAGCAGAAUCCAGAUCUGUUUUGGGCGAUUCGUGGUGCGGCGAUGAAUGUAGGCGCUGUGUAUGAGAUUGCGUUCCAGGCAUACCCACAGCCCGGCCUCAUCUGGUAUGGGAUGAGGACUUAUGCCGCCGACGAGGUCUUGAAUGUCGUCGAGGGGCUGAAUGCGGCACUUUUCCAUCCCCGGGCCAAAGCGGCCGCGCAGUGCCUUCUUCAUUUCAACCCCGAGGACCUGAAGACCCCGGUUGUGAGCACGGUGUUGCUUUUCGAUGGCAGUGAAGAAGAGGCCCACCAGCACUUUGCCCCACUGCUAAAGAUCAAGCCCAUGAAGGAUGACAUGGCAAUGAGACCCUUCUCCGAAACAUGCACCAUCCUCGACCCUCUGGUGCCGCCUGGGGGUCGAAAAAUGGAGAUAGGGUUCCAAACAGCGCUGCCACCUCGCCCGACGUUCGUGAAGGAAGUCCUUGACGCCGUCGCCGCGAAGCUCACCGAAGAACCUGAUCUUGUUCACAGCUCCGUGGAGAUAGACUACUUUGACCCUACCCAGAUCUGCAAGGUUCCUGUUUCAGCGGCCGCUUUCGCUACACGGGUGCGACUGCUGCAUGCGACUACGAUGCUGCAGUGGUCCGAUGCCAGCAAAGAUGAAGAAUUCAUCAACUUCGGACACUUGGUUCGGAAGAUGGCGGAGGAUGAACUCCUGUCGCAGGGCCACAAGCAGACGCUCACAACGUCGAACUUUAUUGAUUACACCCAUGAAAACAAAUUGUCGCCGUCGGAGAUGUUUGGUGAGAAUGCAGACCGGUUGCUGCAGGUCAAAGCCAAGUACGACCCGGAUAACCUGUUCAACAAGCAAAACCCCAUUGUUUGA